AUGGAAAAUUCCCAACAACUCAAUAUACUAGAUUCUUAUGGAUCAACAGAAAAUGCACUUAUGGAUUCAUUCAAAGCAGCUGCUUUGAAAGUGACAACACUCUACAAAGACUCGCUUGUACAGAAUAGAAAGGCUUACGCAUCAGGUUAUCAACAGGCUCUUCAAGAUUUGUAUGAAUUUUUGUUGAGUGCACAGCCUGAGAACGGAAUUGUUCCUGUGCAAGAUGUUCUUACUUUUGCAAGAGAGAAGAACAAUCAACUCAAUUUAGAAAUGAGCAAUAACACUAGUAAUGUGGCUAGUAAUCAAUCCAAUUCUGUUCAUCAAAAUUCAACAUCAACAGCGCCUAACUCAAAUAAUCAUAGUACCCACUCAACCGUGCGAUCUUCUACCAAUGGUUUAGAAGAACAACAACAGCAGAAGUCUACCGUCAACCAACAAGUACAACAACAAAAUUAUCCAUUUCAAAUUGAUCCAGAUACCCAGUUUACUUUUAUUCAAGAUGUGCCGGCUUUAGCGCAUCAACAACAAUUUCGAUCUGUUGACGGACUUUGGGGUCCGACGACUGAUUACAAUGCUCAAGAUCAUCUUGCUAACAAGCGUAGAGUAGCAUCUUCCGAGUUCUCAUUCAUGGGAAGAUCUUUAAAUCUUGAUCCUACGCACGAACCACCGUUUAAACGAGGAAGGCUAAGGAGAGAAGAACAGUUACAACAGCAACCACAAUUUCACCAACUCCAACAACAACAACAACAGCAGCAGCAACAGCAACAACAGCAACAACAGCAACAACAACAUCAACAACAUCAACAACAUCAGCAAUUUUUGCUACAACAGCAGGCUCAGGUACAACAACAGCACCCGCAACGUGGGCAAACAUUAUUAUUCUAUCCACGACCUGGAUGA